UGCGCUCUGGGGUGGGGUUUGUCAGCAGUGGGGCAUUUCCUCCAGUGUCGGGUUUCUCCAGCGCACUGGCAUUUAAAUCUGCUGCAGUGGGAAGAAGCCCGUGCAAGCGUGUCACCGUGGGACAGUCUGCUCUACUGGAGGAUUUGGCAAUUGUUUUCAUGUCUCUUUCCAAAUAGCAACACUGUAUCUCUUGUUUUUGUUGCAUUAUACAAGAAGAGGAUUCAUUGUAUCGUCUAGCGGCGCGCGCGUUUAUUUCAACAGCGCUUGGAUGAAAGGCUGCGUGUCUGGCCAUGUUUGCACCUUACUGAGCAUAUAAACCGACUGUAAUGCAUUUUAGUUUCUAGUUAUGGUCGUUUGUGCAUUGUGCGUCGUGAAUGAUCUAGAGGCACGGCAACAGUUUCAAUGAAGAUAAUGUCCGUGUCAUUGUUGGACUAGAAUAUAAAUACAUCGUCGUCAGUGGUAUAGUUUUCGCACCGCCAGUCUCAUUCAUUUGAAAACGCUUCAGUUUUCAGUUUCAGUUUUGCGUAUAAGGUCGUAUAUACUCAAGGUACAUCAUGUUCAGCUGGCUGGGUACCGAUGACAGGAGAAAGAAAGAUCCAGAGGUCUUUCAGACUGUCAGCGAAGGACUCAAGAAGCUCUACAAAACCAAACUGCUUCCGCUGGAGGAGCACUACAAAUUUCACGAGUUUCACUCACCUGCUCUGGAGGAUGCAGAUUUUGACAAUAAGCCCAUGGUGCUCCUGGUGGGACAGUACUCCACCGGCAAAACCAGCUUCAUAAGAUAUCUCUUGGAGCAGGACUUCCCCGGUAUGCGGAUUGGCCCGGAACCCACGACUGACUCCUUCAUAGCAGUGAUGCAUGGCACCACGGAAGGACAAAUACCAGGAAACGCACUGGUGGUGGACCCCAAAAAACCUUUUCGCAAGCUCAACGCCUUUGGCAAUGCCUUCCUAAACAGGUUUGUGUGCGCCCAGCUGCCCAACCCUGUUCUGGAGAGCAUCAGUGUGAUUGACACUCCAGGAAUCCUGAGUGGAGAGAAGCAACGCAUCAGCAGAGGCUAUGACUUCGCUGCUGUGUUGGAGUGGUUUGCCGAGCGCGUGGACCGCAUCAUUCUGCUGUUCGACGCCCACAAGCUGGACAUCUCGGAUGAAUUCUCUGAGGUCAUCAAGGCCCUCAAAAACCACGAGGACAAGAUCCGCGUGGUGCUCAACAAGGCCGACCAGAUCGAGACGCAGCAGCUGAUGCGCGUGUACGGCGCACUCAUGUGGUCGCUGGGGAAGAUCGUCAACACGCCCGAGGUGAUCCGGGUCUACAUUGGCUCCUUCUGGUCGCAUCCGUUGCUGAUUCCUGACAAUCGGAAGCUGUUUGAGGCAGAAGAGCAAGACCUGUUCAAGGAUAUUCAGUCACUGCCUCGGAAUGCUGCCCUACGCAAGCUGAAUGAUCUUAUCAAGAGAGCUCGACUUGCAAAGGUUCAUGCGUACAUCAUCAGUUCUAUGAAGAAAGAGAUGCCUUCGGUCUUCGGAAAGGAGAACAAAAAGAAGGAACUGAUUAACAGCUUGGGUGAGAUCUACACCCGCAUUGAGAGGGAACACCAGAUCUCCCCGGGAGACUUUCCAAACCUCAAGAAAAUGCAGGAGCAGCUUCAGGCCCAUGAUCUAAACAAGUUCCAGCCUUUGAAAAUGAAGCUGCUGGACACCGUGGAUGACAUGUUGGCCCACGACAUCGCCCAGCUCAUGGUGCUGGUGCGUCAGGAGGAAACACAGAGGCCCAACCAGGUGGUGAAGGGCGGAGCCUUCGAGGGCACCAUGAAUGGGCCGUUCGGUCACGGAUACGGUGAGGGGGCGGGCGAGGGCAUCGACGAAGUCGAGUGGGUGGUGGCCCGUGACAAACCCAUGUACGAUGAAAUCUUCUAUACUCUCUCACCCGUCAAUGGCAAAGUGACCGGUGCUAAUGCCAAGAAGGAGAUGGUGAAGUCCAAGCUGCCCAACACUGUGCUUGGAAAGAUCUGGAAGCUGGCUGACAUCGAUAAGGAUGGUAUGCUUGACGACGAGGAGUUUGCUUUGGCCAAUCACCUGAUCAAGGUAAAACUGGAAGGUCAUGAACUUCCGGGUGAACUGCCGUCUCAUCUGGUUCCGCCUUCCAUGAGAAAAGUUCCAGAGUAAGAUGUAGCGUGACUGAAUUUAUGGAUGGAUUUUGGAAAACAGAUGUUGUGAAUUCAGGUUGCAGUUCAUUUGAUGGAAUUCAAGACGACACCAUUGUUAGAAAGAAGGAAAAGCAAGGACUCUGUUAAAAUAUGUGAUGAUGGUUUAGUAUGACUGGACUGAAUUUGAAAAUGAUCCACCAAUUCUUUUGACCUGUGUAUAUUUUUAUUCCUGCUGUCUGCCGUUUAAAAAUUCAUUUCAGGAAUAGUUGACGAAAUGAAAAUGCUGUUGUUAUUUACACUACAUGUCCUUAUGUCAUUCUAACCCAAUGUUACUUUCAUCAAAACAAAAAAAUAUAUAAAAAAAAUCAUGUGGUCAGUUCUACAUACGCAGUUUCUGCCAAAUUCCAAGUGUGCCCAAGAAACGGAUCAGUAAACAAAUUCUUUUAACCCGGUUCUUUUCAAUGAAUGGGUGAUCUGGUUCACAGAUUUGACUGAAUGCUCCGUUCACAAAUUGGACUAAUUCAUUGAUGAAUUAGAGGUUGACUCACUGACCCGUGACUGCUAUGAACUGUACUUGUACAGAAAUGAGCCGCUUGAAGAUUUGUCCAGAACAAAGUAAUGAAGAAAGUCUUAUGGGUUUGGAAUAACAUAUGGUGUACCUUAAUGAUUGUACUGUAUGUGCUCCUGGAUUUUAAAGACACAUUUCGCUCAUCUGUUCAUCUCAUAUAUGACACUAAAGCUUCAUUCAUCCCUGUGUUUUAUUUUCAUUCAUUGUACAUUGAUUUGUGUGUCUGUUGGGAGAUACUGAACAGAAAUGCACAGAUGAUCAGACGUGAUGAGAGGCGAAAUUCCUUUUAUAAAUAACUGUUUUCUCUUCCUGUGAAGGCGGCAUCUUAACAAAUGCGAGUCCUUUCUAGCCUGACGAAGAGACUGUUAAAACUGUAUAGACGUCAAGUCAGUUAGUGUUUUGAUGGACCUGUAGAACUAGUAUGUUAGUAGUCUGUAUAUGUAAACAUGUAAACUAACUUAGGUUUUAGAGUAAUUAUACAAUUCUGGUCUUGAUUUCCAAAGAAGGAAUAUAAAAAAAAAUGACGCUACUUUAGCGAUUACACUGUGCAUUAUCAUUGAAACAGCAGCAGUUUAGCAUCCGAAAAUGUAUUUAGUCAUAUUAGUUUAUUACAUCUUUCCUCACAGUAAUCGUAUGAGCGUUUAGGGAUUAUCUGAACUCUUUAUCUCUUUAUCCAGAGAUGUCACGUUUAUUCCUGCAGAUUUUUAAGAUCUGUAGAGUUGAAGGGAUGGGGUUUAAUGCACUGACGCUUGUAACUGACCUAAAUGGCAAAAUCUGAUCCGCCUUGAUUUUAAUGACUCCUAUAUGAAAUAUAUUCACUGACCCCAAAUCAAAUUCACAUUCUGGGAAAGCAGUUGUCGUUUGGUUUGGGCUCGGGUAAAAUGAUCAAAUUAAGUAUGGUAACGAUAAUGAUCUCCCCCUACACAAGUUAUCAUAAGCAGAAUUCAACCAAUAAGCUGCCUCUGUGCCUUUGGACACGCCCACCUUAAUCAGAUUUUUGUGGCACUGCACAUAGUGUAGAACUGUACAUAGCAGCACAUUGUCUUGUUCUACAAUAUGUAUCUUCUUGACGUGCUCUAAAAAUGACACUAUUCAAAGACGGUAGUUGAUGUUGCGAGUUGAUGAGUCUCUGAUGAAAAAAUUCCAACUUUGCUCAUAAAUUGCACGUUUCUUCUUUUUACCAUAAUGUAGAUUGUGCAUUUGUGUGUUUGACCAAGUAUGUACACAUACAUGUAAAUGGGGUGCAAUAUGGUUUGCAAGUGUAGUGAAUAAGUGUUUGUGUGCUGCGUUGCUCAUUGUGUGAUUUAUCCAGUGCAAACAAACCACGUGAGACACUGCUGUUCAGACAUCAUAGAUUCAUUAUUCGAACAAAUAAAAUCUAACUCAUUUAAAAGGGUCCCUUUGUUUCUGGUUGUCUGUUUUUGCCUUAUGACCGAAUUGUGUCCAGAUAUGAAUAAUG